CCCAUAAAAAUCUAUGAUAUCGAAAUUUCUCUUCCUCUUCUGCAUUCCUCUCAUGAAUAAUUUUUCCCGCCCAUAUUGUGGAGUCAUCGUCCACAAAAAGACACUAGAGAUUUUGAUACGAUUUCCACAGCAUAAUAAUUGGUUUUCUGAUUUGGGUUUCUUUAUUCAUUUCAUCUCCUUACUUUGAAAGGUGCUCUAGACUUGACUUGGGGAGUAUAAAUGGAGAGCAAAAGUGAUUCUUAUGCUGGCAGUUUGGUUGCGAGUUUGUUGAGCCGAAUGCGAAGAUUUCUGUUUCAUGUUCUAUCCACGGGUCCAAUUCCAAACCACAUUGCCUUCAUUUUAGAUGGAAAUCGAAGGUACGCUAAGAAACAAAAACUCAAAGAGGGGAUGGGUCACAGAGCUGGCUUUUUGGCUCUUAUGUCUCUGAUGAAGUACUGCUAUGAAUUGGGUGUGAAAUACGUAACUAUAUAUGCAUUCAGCAUCGAUAACUUCAAAAGACAGCCCGAGGAAGUUCAGGGUCUGAUGGAUUUAAUGCUGGAGAAAAUUGAAGGGUUGCUCAAGGAAGAAAGUAUCGUGAAUCAGUAUGGAGUUAGGGUGUAUUUCAUCGGGAACUUGAAACUUUUGAAUGCCCCUGUUCGGGAUGCAGCUGCCAAAGCGAUGAAAGCUACAGCAAACAAUGACAAGAGCAUUCUCCUGAUUUGUGUGGCAUAUACUUCGACCGAUGAAAUUGUGCAUGCUGCUCAAGAAGCUAUCGAGGAGAAGUGGGGUGAAACUCAAGAGUCAAGUAAAGCAAGUGGGGCCCAAAAUAGUGAUAUAUGCCAAGAAAAGCACAAGGGACAUCGUACAAUAAAGCUAGCAGAUAUUGAGAGGCACAUAUAUAUGGGAUUAGCUCCAGAUCCUGAUAUUUUGGUUCGAACAUCAGGCGAGUCUCGCCUUAGCAAUUUUCUCCUUUGGCAGACUUCAACCUGCCUUUUGUAUUCCCCCAAGGCUUUGUGGCCGGAGAUUGGUUUACGACACAUAGUAUGGGCAGUAUUGAACUUUCAAAGAGUUCAUCCGUACUUGGAGAAGAGACGGAAGCAGGUAUAAUUUUUUUUUUCUGCUCCAGAGUCAUUUAUAUGGAUGCAAGGAAAUAUUAAGGUGCGUUUGAUCGUCAAUAUUUUUCUUGAAAAAUGUGUUUUUUUCCACUCAAAUUCCUAUUUUAGAGCUGUUUGACUUAUAUUUUUUCCGUGAAAAAUAUUUUCUUACCAUUGGU